AAGGAUUCAUUGUGCAUCACCUCCAUUAGGAGCUUAAGAUCAGAUCCUGCCCUCUCUGCUGACGGCUUUGUUGAGRUUUCUGAGUCACCAGCGGGGCCAGGUUCCUCCAUUCAGGCAUUGCAGCGCUGGAUGCUGCAGACGAGCCUUCCAGCUCCAGCCCGGGAUCCCACACACCUGCAGCUCACCAUCACUACGUGAGUUCCUAGGCUGAGCGACUAUGUAAGUACUGGCCAGCGUGCCAGGGGCUCAGCGAGCCAAACAGCAGCAGAAGCUGCUGGAAAAACGAAGCUGUGUCAUGGYUCUUGGCCAGCUGCUGGCUGGAGAGCAGCCAAAGGCAGGAAAGCAAAGAAUUGUAAAAAUGGCUACAACGGCAGCAAAUACUCAGAGACAAACGAUAGGYUGCGAGGAGUACAGUCUGUACAGCAGCCUGAGUGAAGACGAGCUCAUAAAGAUGGCCAUYCAGCAGAGCUUGGAGGAGGACCCUGCGGGUCAGCCAGCGGCCCAGAGCCCCCAGAAGYCGAUGGUGGCCCGUGCUGGUGAGGUGGCCACCCCGAGCCGUGCCAGCCCCCACAACCCUCCCUACCGCAUCUACCCCUGGCAAAGAUUGGCAGCCCAGCAGACAGGCCGUGCUCAGCCGUCCAGCUCGGGGGCAGCCUGGGGGCUCAGGCGAAGGUACGACAGCAGCCUGUCCGGCACAUCCCAGGCCGUAGAAAUUGACCCUGUAGUGGCGGCAAUCAAGGAUGGAGAUGAAAAAGCAGUAUGCAACAUGAUGAAAUCAGGAAAAAAUCUUUCUCAGCCUAAUAAGGAUGGCUGGAUACCCCUCCAUGAAGCUGCAUACUAUGGACAAGUGGGCUGCCUGAGCCUGUUGCAAAAAGCGUACCCCGGCACCAUCGACCAGCGCACCCUCAAUGAGGAGACAGCUCUGUACCUGGCCACCAGCCGGGGCAACCUGGACUGCCUGCUCACCCUGCUGCAGGCUGGGGCUGAGCCCGACAUCUCCAACAAGGCCAGGGAAACGCCACUCUACAAAGCUUGUGAGCGCAAGAAUGCAGAGGCUGCAAGACUCCUGGUGCAGUACAAUGCAGACACCAACCAUCGCUGCAAUCGAGGAUGGACUGCUCUCCACGAGGCUGUCUCCCGAAAUGACCUGGAGAUUAUGGACAUCCUUGUGAAAGGGGGGGCCAAGAUUGAGUCAGCAAAUGCCUAUGGGAUCACUUCCUUAUUUGUGGCAGCUGAGAGUGGGCAGUUGGAAGCGCUGAGAUACCUUGCAGGAUGUGGCGCGGAUAUAAACACACAAGCCAGCGAUAACGCCUCUGCUCUUUACGAAGCCUGUAAAAAUGGACACAUACCUAUUGUGGAGUUUCUUCUGUCCCAAGGAGCAGAUGCUAACAAAGCCAAUAAGGACGGCCUGCUGCCUCUUCACAUAGCAGCCAAAAAAGGGAUUUGCGAGAUUGUCUCCAUGCUGAUCCCUGUGACCAGCCGCACCCGUGUCAAGCGUAGUGGCAUCAGCCCCCUGCACUUAGCGGCCGAGCGCAACAAUGAUGACAUUUUGGAAGAGCUGAUAGAUGCUGGCUACGAGGUCAACAGCGCCCUCUCCGAUGAACGCUCCUGCCUUUAUGAGGACAGACGCACCACCCCGCUCUAUUUUGCUGUUUUUAACAACAACAUCUAUGCCACAGAGCUGCUGCUGCAAGCUGGAGCCAACCCCAAUGUUGACCUCAUUAACCCGUUACUCAUCUCAAUCCGCCAUGGCUGCCUGAAGACCAUGAAACUGCUUCUCGACCAUGGAGCAAACAUUGAUGCCUAUAUAUCGAGUCACCCCACCACCUUUCCAGCUACCAUCAUGUUUUCAAUGAAGUACCUUUCUGUGCUGAAAUACCUCCUGGAUCUGGGCUGUGAUGCAAGCUCUUGUUUUGAGUGUCAGUAUGGAAACGGUCCACAUCCAGCAUUAAAUUACAGACGGGAAAGACUGAAUGAUCCUCAGAUAACCAGGGAGCCAACAGUAGUACAGUUUUGUGAAAUGGUGUCUACUCCGGAGAUAAGUCGCUGGGCUGGGCCAAUCAUCGAUGUUCUUCUGGAUUAUGUGGGUAACGUGCAGCUUUGUUCCCGGCUCAAGGAGCAUAUUGACAGCUACGAGGACUGGGCUGUCAUUAAAGAAAAAGCAGAACCUCCACGACCUCUCUCCCAUCUUUGCCGCAUCAAGGUACGGAGCCUGGUUGGAAGAAACCGCAUUAAACUCCUUGACACCCUGCCUCUCCCAGACAGACUGAUCCGGUACUUACAGCACGACUACACACAGUGACCCCGAGCACGCUGGAUACGCAGCAGCUUCCUGGCAUGGCACCCGGUGUCACCACCGUGGCACAGGUGCACACUGGGGAGGAACUGCUGCUGGCUUGGUCAAGCACCCUCCCAUGACUAAUCUAAGAGAAAUGUGCUUUUGAAGCAUGAGUGAGAUGAAAAUGAAGGACACAGAGAGCUAACAUAGGAGACUUAGGUUUUUCAACAGCAAACACAAAGACGGUUCACCUCACACCUUAGUCUGCAAAGAAGAAAUGAAAGCCAACACUGACAAAUGAGUAGUGCUGAAACAAGUAUCAGCAGGGAACUCAAAAGUACCCUGARACUGUGGUCACAAUUCAGAACUUGUCAAAAGUCAACAUACUUGGGAAAACAAUCACAUGACCUUCACUGUCUGAGAUUUUUAUUGUAGUUUCUAUUCUAUUGUUUGGAUUUCUGUUAAGCAUGCUGGUUGCCAAUUAUCUGACAUUUUGACACCACCUUGMUAACACUUCUACAUCUUUUUUUGUACCUUUCUUAUUGAGUACUUGAUUUCUGAACAUUCAAAUCUCAGAACUCUUUAACAGACUAAAAUGCAGAAAUACUGAAUCCUUUAAAAGUCAAGGAAAGGUUUAUUUAAGGAGGAUGGAAGAAUUAUAUUUGCACAUAGUGAAUACAGUUAAUUCUGUAUUAUAUUUGCAAUAGGAAGUAAGUGAAAUUCUGCUUGAGAGCAUUUCCUAGUCUGGGGAUUUGAAAGCAACCCUGAGCUCCUUUUUUUUUGGUGUAAAUUAGAAGUAGCCACACUGUAAACAGUAGGUUUAUGCUUUCAUGAAGCUGGUUUGAGAACAGAACAAAGCCCUAAAGGAGCAGGAACAGAGAGUGAUGUGAAGGAGAGAGGSAACACUGCUGAACCAAUUUAUUCUCUUACUCCCCCAGAUCUUAUCUCUACAAAACCCAGCCUCUCCAACCUCCUUGGAACUCUGUGCCUAUAACAACAUCAUGGUCGACAGUAAGAGAAAUUAUUUCAAAAUUAUGGAAUAAUUUUGAAAAAACUUCAAAAUGUAUGGAAAUGAAUACCCAAAAUCAGGUAUCCAAAUCCUUAUUCAGGUGCCUAAACAAUGCCAAGUUGCUUGUACCAGGUGAAGUUCCACUUAAGCCAGGGGGAUCAUAUACCAUAUCAGAUAUUACUGAGGCAGAAUAAAAAUCUCAGAAUUUAGCCCUGAAUUUUCUGACUUUGGAGGUUUGAAGUAUCUAUUAGYUUCCUUUGACACUGAUGAAAGUUUUUAUCUCAGCUUCUUUGAAAAUUAGGUCACCUAUUUACAGCUCAGAUCCACAACUGAUUUAUGGCAGCUUAACAAGUCACCAUCUAUCUGCUGAACCACUAUAAUWGUCCGUGAAAUUCUUUUAUUGAAGUUUUUAACAAGUCACAUUCCCUCACAGCUGGAAAGGCCAAGGAGCCCAUGAUCGGUUAUUGGCAGUGACUACAGCUCACUUGACAGGUGUGACUUGCUGAACUGCUUUGAUGAGUGCWUUAUUCCUCACUAGGCACCUAAGAAAGUGUGGAAGAACCUAAAUUUGGAACUACAUCUUUGCAGAUCUUAUGCUAGAAGCACACUCAUUACCUUAGGAGACAAAGGACCUGUGCACCAUUGGUCUGCCAGRAGUCCCCACCAGAGACUUUACAGAUCUGGUUUUCUUUGUUGGUCUGAAUACCAUCCAUGGAAUAUGAUAGAAAUUUAAAUAGGGAAAAUACAUUGCACUGAGUUUUAUUUUUGUGGAGUUUUAUACCUGAACACCGGACUAAAGUGUGUUGCACAAAUACAAGUAAUACAAAUCUGUCUAGGCAGACUGUGAUGACUUUGUGUGAAAUAUGUUCAUCAUCUGUGGGACAGGAUGYGAGCAGAAAUAGGAUUGAUUACAUGAUUGAUUACUCUGUUCCUUUCUGUGCCCUUUAUAAAUGCAAAAGUUGAAAAAACAACUUUUUCAAACAACUGGGUUUCAAUUCACACUGAACACAGAUUUUCUUGUAAAACUUUGGGAAGUAAGGGUGAAGUUUUAUCUACUUUACUAUCUACUAUCUACUAUCUACUAGUUUAAGAACUACUCCUUUGUCUCCUGCAGUGUGAACAGGGAAUUGGUUCAGGUUAAGAAAACAUUGGGUGGAGAGAAAAGGAUGAGGAACAAGAAAUCACUGUAUCAGUUCUGCCAGUGAAGGCCCUGUWUUGGUAAACAGUACCUGGACAGAUAGAAAAUCACUGUGGAGUUCAUGCAUCUCUCACUUUCUGGGUCUGAACUACAGAGGUGUGGACCUUAUAUUGAUAUAAUCAGAAGUCCUUGAAAUCAAAAAGUGUAACAAAGCAGAGCUGUAGAGAGUGAUUGAUACCGACAAAGCUUGGUGGAGACCACUUCUUUGUUUUGUGUGCAGUGACAGCCCUGGAGAUCCUGGCAGGUAGAAGGGUUUACAAUCACCAACUACAYGUAUAACUGCAGAAGUGGGAUUUCAUGAACUAUCCCAAACUGGAAUUUCCAAGCCGACAUUCUUGUGUCCACAAAAGUCUUGCAAUUUCUUUUUCUGACCUUGGAGAAGCUGAAACUGCAUUUGAACUGGGUAAGUACAAAAAGCCCAUUCCUUCUUUCAACCAAAAGACCUUCAUUUCAAUUGGGAGACCCAUGCCCUGGUUUCUGUCAACCAUCUGUGUUGAGCAGGAGACACAGAGCCAGAGAGCACUGGUCUGAUGGGAACAUAACACAACUGUGGGAAGGAUAAGCGCAUGUUGUGCACAGAAACCGAGGGGAGAAGAGUCUAUCUAUUGGGGGGAAUCUGGUAAUUACAACGUUAUUUAGUCCUUUCUGCUUGAUCUUUAAAGCAAACCUUCACACACUCAGUUUACAUUUAUUUGCACUGAAAUGGAGCCCACUACCUCUCCACUCCAGUCACUGGCAUACUAUUUUGUGCACGGUACUGAAUCUGAAUGAAUUCAAUGUGCCUUUAAUGUGUCUAUCUAGAAGUUACUGUGAAAAGAAAAAUACUCCAAAACCCAGCAAGCCAGGCUUUGUAAGCAGAUCAGUAUUUCUAGUGCAAGGUGAAGUGGCUUGUUUUACUGAGUGUGAUAGACAGACUCCUUCAGACACAAUGUGAAAUGUUCUAGGAAUAUUUCAUGACCAGGUUACUGUACCUUUUUUUUACUGCAACAUGUGCAAUUCACUUGAUGUUCCUGUGCACUUUUUUGAUUCUUUUUAUUUCAUUUUGUAUGAAAGUUUUUUCAUUUAUCUCUCCCCACCCAUUAUUUAUAAAAGCUGUUGUGUUUAAAAAAGUUUAAAUCUGCAUUGUUCUAGUAAAUAGCAGCUCUCAAAUGUUAUGUUUCCAYCUUUUAAACAAAGUAUGAAUAAACAAGAAGAAUCUGAAGGACUAGCAACUGUCCUGAAUAGCAACAUCAACCAUCAACCAGCUGAACACAAAAAUAUCCAGGAAAAUUCUGAAUCAAUCCAAGCUUGAACAAUUAAUAAUUCUGAUGUUAAUCUCAGGGAUGAGAAAACUGUAAGUAUUGCUAGCGACGAGACAGAGUUGCUAUUAUUUGCAAACCUUUUGGAAAGACUCACACAUCCCCAUUCAGGGAUUUUGAAUAUACUUAACAAUUGUCUUCUGUUCAUUUGUGUUUUACUUCACUGCUGCUCCAGUUCAAAGCCCCAGCAAGGGCCAGUGCCUGCCCUAUGUUGGGGGGGGGACUUCCAUGUCACAAAGGAUUUUGAAAAAGUGACAUUUGUUUAAAUCUGAGUGUAGGAGCAUAAAUAUUUGAGUCAGAAGUCAUUUAGAAUGGUCUGUUUCAAUCCUUCAUCAUAAAUUUAAAACACUCUAUUCUGCUACAUAGAAAAUGUGCAGAAAUAUACAUUCAAAUGAGUUUAAAAGAAGGAAAAAUAAAAAACUAGGAAUUUACUAUUCAAAAGAUAUAAACUUGGUUUUAGCUCUCUUCUUUCUCUGGAUUUCUUCAAAAUAAAAUUUAUACACAGGCUACCCACUUUGCCAAGUAUUUGAAUUUUUAUAUAAAUCCUCAUUCUGGUGUGAUCCACAGCACUUUGAAAUUUCCCUUCUGAACUCGCGGAGGAACAGUUGUGCACAGCUAUCACUGCAAUACCAGUAGUUCAUUCCAUUAUCUGGUCUGGCCACCCAGAUGGAAAUCCAGACCAAUACCAAGGAGGCUGCUCCGCACUGACAGUACUGAGACAGAGUUCAGCAUCUGGCUGCAUCUGGAUUACGACAGCAACACAGAGCUAUUGAAGAAUUAUUGUGAGAAAAGCCCAUUUCCAUGUAAAAAAAUUCCGUGCCUACAGGUCUGUAAAUUAUAAGCCCUUGUUCUCCUACCUUUAACUUCAAUGGCUCUGGUUUCUGUUACUUU